ACCACAGAAAGCAUAACUGCAGUUUAUCUUUUUUUGGGUGGAAAGCUCCUACACAUUAUUGCCAUCAGAGACAUGGAUUGUAUAAUAUGUUUGGGACAUAUUCUGAGUUGCAAUUUCUGUUGAGAGAACACGAAGAAGAGGUCAGGUCAGAGGUUGACCUUUUUUCCUAUAGUGGAAUUCCACGUAGAUUAUGUUCUCUUCUUCUCCUUCCUGGUUAUUUUCCUACUUGCCAUGUAUUUCCUUCCUUCAAC